AAAUGGUUGGAUUGAUAGUGAGAAAUUUCCUAAUUUGGGCAUUCAAGCUGUAAGUCUCUCAGAUCCAUUACAUGCAUAGAGAAUGCCCAAACCAUGACACAGAAUAAUGAGCAACCAGCGAUCCAUUCACAACAUGCCAACCUGUUGAUAGAGGAUCCCACAUCGUCAGAAUCAUCAUGGACCAAUGAAAAACACAGCUUCUAUAUUAACUCCAUGGAGGAAGCCUUUGUCUCAAGCCUUUAUCAGCAUGCCAAUUAUGCACAUCCCUGUAAAAGAUGGCAAGCAGAUAGAGGAGAAAUAACCUCUGUAUUUAGCCUGGAUUUAAAUGAGGAAGUUGAAUCUGGUUUUUCCAAUGGUCAUGUACUGUUUGGAUUUGCUGAGGAAAGCCAAAGUGAAAGUGAACCAGAAAAGCCUAGCCUCUAUCAUGAUGUUCAAAACAAUUCAAAAAAGGAUGGAUUGGAGGAGAUAUGCAGCAGUAAUGAAACAUUUCAGGAUCAGAAUAGGAAUGAGAGAAGAAAAACGAGGAAAUUAUGUAACCAUGGAGUCGUAGAAGUGCAGUCUAAAUAUAAUGAUGUAUUCGAAGAAGUGCAGUCUAAAUAUAAUGAUGAACAUUCAAGCAAUUUCUAUGCAACGCGAAAUCAGUUCAUACGAAAUAAAAAUGUUUCGAAAACUUCAGUGAAAACCUUGAGUAGGAUCAGGUCAUUCCAUUCAUGGAUGAGACAUCUCCCAAGGAAGAUGGCAAGGCAUGAUAUUUAGGGGAAGAGCACCAAUAGCCAUCAUAGCUAAUUUCGUGCAUCCACAAAUCUUAAACAGUACAUCGGAUUUUUAUUAUUAUUAUAGAUAUUUAUAUU